AUGAGUGACUUGAUCCCUAGCCUUGUUCAUAGUGAUGCUUGCACUAUCGUGUCGAGCAUCAAAAGUCUUGGUGCCGAAGGUGACAACACUGAUGAAGGCAAUGGUAGAGCGAGUAAGGAGACUUCUGACGACAGAUGCUCCCUUCUUGGGCUCUUCGGGUCUGCGGACGACAAAGGGCACUUCCACCAUGACGAUAGCUUGGAACUGGUUGAUGAUGGAAACCAAGCCGAGGGUGUCUCUGGGGCUAUCAAGCCCGAUGACACCCCCACAACCACCCAGGCUCCCAAGCUCCUGCACAAAUUGUGUGCCACUCAAGCACGCGCAUAUGCUGAGGUGCGCGUUGGAUUCGGAGACCAAAUAUCUCGCUGGCGUAGAGGUUCUGAACUCAGCUAUGUCAUCUGCGAAGAGAGUUUCCCAACAGAGGAAUCAGCGAUGUUGGUAAAAGCUGCGAUGAGAACAGCCACUUCUAUGUGGAAAGGUAUUGGUGUACGUUUUAGCCAAGUUGGGUGCCACGAUGAAGCUACAUUCGCCGUCGUUUACGAAGACAUAAGCGAAGGUGUUUAUGCUGCCUUUUUCCCAGACGCAUUGCCGAAAAAAUCGCCGGCCAAAUUGUUUGUGUAUGAGCUGGGCCUCUCUAAAGGCGCUUAUCUGGCCAAUAUCUUUGCCCACGAAAUAGGCCAUAUCAUGGGGUUGCGGCAUGAGUUUGCAGAUGAAAAACAUAGAGAGGGAAGAGGAUUCCACUGUGUCCUUUUUGGAAAGAAGAACCCUCUAUCAAUCAUGAACUAUCAGGAAGAUCUGGAAAACCUGCAAGUCACAGCGCAGGAUUGCAGCGAGUUGAAAGCACUUUAUGCAUACGAGGGAGAAAAGUAUAAAGGGCUAUCGAUACGUGAUUACGAUCCGGUUCUACGUCAAAGCAUUUCCCGCGAAGAGACUCGUUGCAGCCAUGCAAUGAGGAAGCCGGGUCGCAAGUUCCCAGGCCGCGGUGCGCUGAGAAAAUUGGACUCAUUUAUCUUUGCAACUUUUCACGACACCAAACAGGCUACCGUUUAA